AACAUGAACCCAAAGGACCGACUGCCGGCCCCCCACCCCCAGGCAGCCUUCAGUGGUACUGCAGGGAAGGAGGUGAACACUGCUUCGCUCUGUCGCAUCGGACAGGAGACCGUACAAGAGAUCGUCUCCAAGACUCAGGAAGUCUUCCAACUCCUCAAGACAUGGCAGCUUCCAAAUGGAGUCAAUCCAAACCUCCAAGUCCACCAGGAGAGACAAACUAAACUACAGGAUCUGGUCAGACAGAUGGAGGUUUUGUUCAGAAAGCUGCGGUUAAUCUAUGAGAAAUGCCAUGAAAGUACAGCAGGACUACAGCACUCCAACAUAGAGGCACUGGUACCAUAUGUGGAACACCUGGAGGGGAAACAUGACGACUCAGAGAGUGACUCUGUCAGAUAUGUAAAUGAGGAGAGAAAAGAGGUGGUGGAGAAAGUCCAGCAGAAGAACCAACAGUUGAAGAUCCUGAUGGACCAGCUGAGGGAGCUGAUCUGGGAUGUCAACGCCAUGAUGGUGGCCAACAGUGCAAAAGCUGCAGUCAGAUAGAACUCAAUAACAGUUUAACAGCUACAAUGUAGCAUAGUUUGAGUGUAAGGACCUAAUAAACCUCUACCAGGCUUCAGAAGCAGAUGGAAUGAGUGGAAAUUGUAGCCUGGGUGCCAUUCAUUUUGUAACAGUUUUCUGAAUAACACGACUUUUUCUACACAUCAAAGUGUCCUAUUCAGGCAACAUUUAGGAACACAUUCUAUAGCAGCAACACCUGUGCUGUUAGAUAGAACUGACUCAAGCGUUCAGCAUGUUGGCAGAACGUACUGCACCUGUGUGAAACCCGUAAUGUAUUGUGCAUAGCACUUCAGCAGAACAUCUCAUAUAAGGUCGUAUUUGUGUAUUUAUGACAUUCCGUCUAUACAUUGUAGUUUUCAGUUGUUGUGUUAGAAAAGACAUUGUCUGUAAUAUAACAGGCAUACCCAUAUACUAAGUAUGUAGUGUAUUUUUUCACAAAUCUGAAUGUCAAAAAACAUUUGUCUCAAUCACAAAAGAUUGUACUACUACAUAGUCUGAAAUAACUUAUUAAUUUUGUUACUCCAUUGAAUAAACUUAUUCAACAAACAUGUUUUUGACUCAAUUAUUAUAUUGAAAACAUGGCAAUGGAAGAGAACUAUUGUAGUUAAAUCUAAUAAUACAAUGCAGAUCUCAACCUAAUCACAUAUGCUAAAUGCAAAACUAUCUCUAUACAAAUUUGAGAACUAUCCAGAUUUAGUGCAUACUUUAUAAUAAUGCAAAAGAAUGGGUCUUUGCAAAAAGGGAUAAAAUACAUGAUACAGCAACAAUAUCAAUAUGAUCAAGUUGAGCAAUCAUUAUUAAUACAAAAAUGAAUUAAGCAGGAAUGAAAUGGCACAGUUAAUAUAUGUUGGUUAAAGAGCUUACAAA